GCGAGCAAGACAAGCCCGCCUGCUGCACCGAGGUGUCCACGCUGUCACAUACGGUGCCGAGCUGUCACACACCGCUGAAGAUGGAAAACAUGUCCCCCAAGCUGAGAGCCUUCCUCUCUGAACCCAUCGGAGAAAAGGAUGUUGGCCAGGUGGAUGGGAUCAGCUGCGAGCUUGCAGUCAGUUUGGUCACCAAAGGUUUCAACAAGGCCUACAUCCUGCUGGGACAGUUCCUUCUGAUGCACAAGAACGAAGCCGAGUUUCAGAGGUGGAUCAUGCACUGUUGUGGAGCCACCGUGGUCGAGGCCCGAGAGAGCGCUCGCUGCCUGAAGGAGUGGUGCUCCUGCUUUCUGUGA